AUGGAGCGGACCCACGGGCUGAGCAGCGGCGGCGGCAGCAGCCCGCAGGCGUCCGCGGUGGACAAGAUUGUGGCAUGGGACCGCCGCUUUGCCAUGCUGGGACUGGCCAUGUGGGGAGGCACGGCGGUCAAGGUCGCCCCCGCUCUGUCGACUUUUGAGAACUGGAACGCGAUCGUGGGCAUGGCAGGGAUGUUCCUCGUCUCGGUGGCCUGGCCCACCUGGGCGCGCCGCAGCUACGUCCGCAACCGGGUCGCCGCCCUCGCCUUCCUCCGCGUCUUCCUCUUCGCCCUUCCCUUCAACUUCAGCCUGCGGGUCUUCAACGCCCUGGCGCCCGAUGUGGCCGCCGGCAGGCUGGGCCUCGUGUCCAACGUGUUCCAAGUCUUCAUGAGCAUCCGCAUCGCGCUGCUCAACUUCACGUCCAUGGGCUGGAGGGUGCCCUUCCGCCUGCACCUCGUGCUGCAAGCCAUCAACGUGUCCCUGCUGGUCCGCUUCGGGCUGAGCAGCUACGUGCAGAGCAAGCUGCUGACCAGCCCCGAGGUGGAGGCGGUGGUGGGCGCCGUGAACGGCUUCAUGUCGUUUGUGGCCUCCGCCACGGUGCCCUCUGUCACCAUCAUCGCCCCCAAGGGCAUCGACCACCAGCGCGUGGCCGUGCUGCUCUUCUGCUGGGCGACCCUCGGCUACCUGCUGCCCACGCUGCUGCUGCUGCCCAACGUCCCCCGUGGCCCGCCACCCGCGCAGCAGAGUCAGGGCACAGCCUCCAAGCUUGGGGAUGCCAUCGAGACAGGCCUCCGCUUCCUGCUGCCGCCGUCGCAGCAGCAGCAGCAGCAGCGGCGCCAGCAGCAGCGCCCACAGCGGCGUGAGGACGAGGACGGCCCGCAGCUGCCAGCCAGCGCCCCCUGGGUCAUGUGCUGGUGGGCGGUGCUGCUGGUGGUCUGGUCGGGCUGCUGCCUUGCGGCGCAAUACCUGGCUCCGCCGGGCAGCGAUGAAUAG